AUGCACGGAAGCUUUCCACCAUACAAAUCUAUCUAUCUAUCUAUCUAUCUAUCUAUCUAUCUAUCUAUCUAUCUAUCUAUCUAUCUAUCUCAUUCUAUUCAAACUAUCUUGUUCUAUCUUUCUCCCUUCAUUCCUUCUCUCCUUCCUUCCUUCCUUCCUUCCUUCCUUCCUUCCUUCCUCCUUUCUUCCUUCCUUCUGUCUUUCUUUCCUUCCUUCCUUCUCUCCUUCCUUCCUUCUCUCACCCUUCCUUCCUUGCUCUCCUAUUAUUUCCUCCUUCCUUCCUUCCUUCCUUCCUUCCUUCCUUCCUUCCUUCUAUCUUUCCCUUCUUUCUUUCUUUCUUUCUUUCUUUCCUUCCUUCCUUCCUUCCUUCCUUCAUUCCUUCCUUCUCUCACCCUUCCUUUCUUGCUCUCCUUUUAUUUCCCUCUUUCCUUCCUUCCUUCUCAUUUUCAGCCAUGA